AUGGAAACCUGGAAGAACUUUGCCUAUACAAGCCAUGAUAUAUUACAUUUGGCUGUAGUUGCUGCUGAGGCAAAUAUAAGCGGUACCGCCAUUUCGGUCAUUAAUAUUUUUGAGAGUGUUUUUGGUGGUAAUAAUGAAUUUUCAGAUCUAGUGUCAUUACUUUUCGCCGAAAUAUUGUUUCAAAAAAGUGAAUUUUCCAUUGUAAUCUUUAAUAUAAAUUUUGUUUAUUCGAAGUCAUUACAAAAUUGGUGUUUAGCUUAUGUAAGAUUUACUUUAAUAACGACAUUACUUUUGAGAACAUCAUCUUUUAAACUUCUUAUCGAAACAUUCAUUCAAGUCGGAUCAAGAAAGGAAGCGAGUCAGUUGUUAGAUACGUUAGCUGGUGGUGUUGCACGUCACGUUCCUGAACAAAUGGUUGAACUUCUUGCAGCUGCCAGUGGGGGCAACCUAACGAGCGCUGAACGCUAUAUAAACUGGGCGCUUGGAGUGUAUAGUGGUAAUCAAACAGAGUUAUCCAUAAACCAGCCUACCAAAAGUUCUGUGUCUCAAGCAAAAGAGCGGAAUAUACCGAUGAGUGGACCAUUGGCACAUAGUUUAAUCAGCUUUGGAAUAGUACCCUCAAGUCGUCUAGCAAGGCUACGAGCAAGCACAAAAAAUCCAAGUGAACAAAGUGAAGAAUUUUUGAAAAUUCUACGACUGCUUGAAAUUCAAGAUGAAAACAACGAAUUACUAACGGAUAAACAAUUAGAGAAUAAAAUAUUAAACAUCGGAGAUUCACCAAUCGAUGAUAUUAAUUAUAGUAGUAACAAUACUGAAAUGAUCAAUAACUCUGAGGAGAUCAUAGAUGAUGUGCUUUCUCCUAAGUUUUUAACCACUGAAACUCGAUUCAAAUUACUAGUGAGCUUGACACAAUUGGCUCUUGAUCGUGAUCUACUGCAUAUUUGCUUAAAAUGCAUCAAGCAAUGCGAGAGUAUUAUCGAGAAAGAAAAGUUAUCGAACAAAGAAUCAGCUUCAAUGAUGUUCCAUUUUCUUUCACUUGAAAUAAACACUCAAAACCUUGUGGUGAAGGUAGCCAAAACUUCUAAUCAGUACUUAUCAGUUCAUUAUCAUGGGAUGCAGAAGUGUUAUAAUUUAUUAGAACAAUGUUUAUCCUCUCCUACCUAUCAACCAGAAACAAUUAUUCAAGGUUGUCUUACUUUGUGGCGUUUAUGUUCACCACUGAUACAGCAUAAUUCACAGACUAGGCUAAAGACAUUUAAAAGUUUACAAUUGAUCAACCAUCAUUUAACUAAACAAGAUAGUUUAUAUUUUCGUCUGAGAUGUGAAGUGCAUAUGAUGAUAGCCUAUUGUCAAGCUGAUAUGGAACAAAUCACCGAGGCUUUAGACAGUAUUGACAAGGCUAUGAAAUUUGACGAAACAGGAGAGUUUUUAUCUAGUUUAAAUUAUUACAAAAAAUGUUUAUUAUUACGUUCAAACUUAUAUGAAAUACCAAAUGAACCAAUUGAACAAGCACGUCAAAUCAUUGAACGUCUUCAAAACACUAAUAAUCUAUCAUCAACUGAAAUAAUAAAACUUUUAAAAUAUACAAAUUACUUCAGUAAUAAUAAUAAUAAUGGUAAUGAGCUUGAUGAAUAUAAAGGGAACAACUUCAAUGAUUUGUUGAGUACUUUAUUAAUUCAAAUCGGUAAACUGGUUGAUAAAAGUAUAUUUGAAGAAGUAUUUAAAUAUGAAACAACUCAAUAUGGUGGUUCGAAAUUAUUAUCAGAGUAUAAACAUAAAAGUUAUAAAGAACUGCUUUCCCAAAUAAGUUCCUACAAACAAAUUUGGUUAAAAAUUAAUGAGAGAAUUAGGCAUCAUUAUGAAAUGAUUAGUGAAAAUGCUGAAUGUGAAAUAAAUGAAAAAUUACUUGUAUGGUUCGAUUUGAUCAAAUUAGCUAAGAAAUAUCAAAUAUGGGAUUUGUGUUCAACAUUUUGCCGAUUAUGUUUAGUAUUCGAUGAUGAUACCUACUGGAGCAUACUACUAAAAAAAUUAGAGCAGUAUAGAACUACUCGAGUUAAACCUGUUAUUGGUCCAACAACCAACUUAAAAUCAACAGAUGCCAAUUUAACUACUCAAACAGCAUCCAAAACAGAGAUUCAAAAUCCAUUAAACAAAUCAAAGUCAAAUCCACGUACCAUAACUAAUUAUCCAGAUAUUGUUACCAGUUUCGAAUUGAAAUUAUAUAGUGCAUUAUCUCAGAUAUAUUGUAUAUUUGCGGAAUGUUUAUGCGUCCUGUUACGUCAACAAAUGUGUGGUAUUCAAUUAGCUGGUAACUUGAACAAUCUAAACCCAUCCUGGUUCGAUACUUCUUUAUUGAUAAAUAAUGAUAGUGAUAAUCAUAAUCAAGAUGUCAGGAAAUCUAAAGAACAACGUGAAUAUAACUUGCAAUGGAAAAAUUACUGCGAAUGGUUUAGUUUUGUCAAUGAAGCUGCAUUAUCAGCAUUUCAACGUAGCGCUGUUUUAUCUGCAAGAAUAGUCGAUUCAAAUAAUUUACAUUCAUGUGCUGUAUGUGUAUGGAAUUACUGCCUUCCAACAAUAUGUCAGAAUGAUCACCGUCAACUAACUACAACAUUUUUAGUGAUUCUAGAGAACGCCAAUAAAAUUGGAUCUAGUUGUUUACCACAUGAAUUGUAUAUUCAAAUGGCAACUGUACUUGCUCAUGGGUUGAUUCAACCUUGGCUACCGAAAUCAUUAAAAUCAACAUUUUCAGCUGAUGAGAAAAAUAAAUCUGUACAACUUAAUAUACAACAAAAAAGUCAAAAAGUGAUUCGAGGAAAGUCAGCCAAACCAAGUUUUUAUAUUGCACCGCCAGAAGGACAUCCUCACAUUAAAAAAGCAAUAGACUGGUUGAUAUUAGCUGGGAAACUAUGUGAACCAAAUAGAUUAGAUCUACUUCAAAAUAUUGAUGAGUCAUAUCAACUACAACCAAUUGUACCAAUUAGUACACGUUCAUCUUUAAUAGUUUGUUGGCUGAUAGCGAAACAGUUGAUUACCAACCCUCCAAUAUGUCGAAGUUUAUUUCCAUUGGAUUUAUCAACUGAAACUACCAAUUAUACUGAAAUGAAUUCUACAUCAGAUUCUGACAGUCAAACUCGUAAACUUGCAAUAACUAAUCAAAAAGAAGCUCAAAUCUACUUGGAGACUUUAAUAACUCGAACACUGUUAUCAGUACAUUCAUUAUGGCUUACUAAUAAGCAUAAAUAUAUAUCUGAAUGGCCUGUUACAGUUUCAAAACUUAUAGAUGAACAAAGUACUCAGACAUUAGUUGAACCAUUGAAACAAGGAGAUAUAUUAGCUGGAUUUAAAGAUGCCCCGACACUGGCAGAGGCUAUUCAUUUGAUGCAAUUAACAUUUUGCAAUCAGAAGUCUGAUGUACACACGGAAAAUCCCACAGGUAAAUCAAAUACAAUCAAAGAGCAAGAAAACAAUAUUAAAUAUGAUUUAAGAUUAGGUCAAGCAUCCAUAGAACGUUUCACAGAACUUGAAUUAUGGACUCGUUUAGCUAUGACUGCAUUUAUAACAUCACAAUUUUCAUCUAUUCUAGACAUCAUUGAUAUGUCUAAUAUUCAAAUAGAGUUAUAUCAAGGAGUUAAACAAUCCGAUGUGAAUAUCAAUUAUUGGCUGAUUCACUUACUUUCUCUACGAGGUUUAGCCAUAUUCGGUAUAUCAAAUCAAAUGAAACUGUUUCGUCAACAAAAUUUAAAAACCAGUGGAAAGUAUACCCAGCAGCAACAAACACGCGGAAAACAACGUUUCACCGAUAUGAAAUUUAAACAUGUUGAACUUCUGGGUCAAAAGCGUGAUAAAAGCACAACAAGUGAAGAUAGUCAAUCAAUUGAGAACAGCUUAUUUGAAGCGGGAGAAGAGGCCUUCUAUAAAGCGUCCAAUAUUGCUCAUAAAAUUGGACGUUAUGAUUUACUGGUCAUGAACGAGUUAGCAGCUCAAAUUCGAAAUAGUGAAAAUAAACAAGAUUUAACUACAGAGUUUUCUACUUUGAAAUUGGAAUCUAUUCUAACGGAUUCCGUCAAGUGUACAAAAGAAGUUACAAGUUUAUAUGAGACAGUAGUCAUUCCAUACCCUACAGUAAAUCAAUUUGAAAUGGAUUUGCAGUUAAGAGUUGAUAUGUAUAAAGCUUUAUACAAUGUUUAUUCAGAACAGGGGAAUUUUACGGAAGCAUUAAGUGUGCUGGCCAAAGCUACAACUAGCUUACCGCGUACCAAACACAGAAUGUCAUUGUUUCGUCAACUCGUAGUUACAAAAGCUAAAUUAGGUCAGUCAAUAGAAUUGGAUAUGCAAAAAUUCACAUCAGAACCGGAAUAUUUACAAGCACAAAUAUGGAUAGAAAUUGCUUAUGCUAGCUCAGAUAUCAACGUCCAAUUGAUGGCAUUCAAACAGUCGGUUAAUGCUAUAAAAAGUCCCGAUUAUUGGGUGUUAAAGUCUGAUCUCUUGUUACAGUUUGCUCAAUGGUUAUUUGCCCAUGGAUAUGAUAUGCCUACAUGUAUAAGUUUAGCUGAAGAAGCUGUGGAUAUAUUAAAUGAUUUAUAUAGAAAGAAUUAUGAUUUAGAUCAGUACAAAGAAACGAACUAUAGUCAACUUAUAUUUCAUUCAGAAAAUGUUCAGUAUUUAGAUAUUUUAAUGAGAGCAUGUGUUUUAUUAGCGGAGUUUUGGGAUGCAAACAAUACAAAUAUUGAACAAGAGCAUGAUCUUCAUUCACUGGAUUAUUUAAUUAUUGCCGUUAAUUGUGUUAAAACUAUUUUAAAUCUUGCUGUCUCAUCAGUUAUUGAAAGUCCACGUUUGGACCAAAAAUCACCGAAAAGUCCUCGAUCUACUUCAGUUAAAGUAAGAUCAAAAUCGAACGAAGCAACUGGUAGUGAAACUAAUCGUGGAAAACAAAGUUAUAACCCAAAUUAUAAGAAAAUAAUACCUGAUACAAUCAUUGAAUGGUCUACUUAUGAAUUAUCGGAUGAUAUUUUACAAGCUUGGCAUAAAAAUUAUACAGAAUAUCAAAGAAAAUCAACAAAUUUGAAUGAAUUUGAUUUAGAAAAUGAAAGUGGAAAUUCCUCUGGACUUAUGGAUAUAUUUUCCGUGAAAAAACAAAUUAAUCCACUGACAAUUCGUUAUCCUUUUGUAACUAUGGCAUGUUUGGACCGUCUGUUGGAUUUGAUUACUGAAAUGGGUCCAGGUCAACUUGGUUAUCCGAUUUUAGUUUUUCAAGACGGUCUUGUUCGCAGUUGGGAGAGAUAUGAUAAAUCGUCUUCGUUUGCAAAUUGUACUUGCAUUAGAAAACUUAUUCACUUGAAGUCAGUGGAACUCUCCUGUUGCUUGGGUUUAUCAUCCGGAGUAACCAAUCAUCAAAAUAAAUUAAAUUCUUUAUUGCCCAGUGAACAAGAAAUAGCUGAUGCAUAUGCACUAUUAAAAACAAAUCCAACUGAUCCAUAUAUAAAGGAUUUAAUUAAAAGUUGGAUUCAUUUAGGCGACCGAUUAGCCCGUAUAGGUCAAUGUUCUCAUGCACGUAUAUUUUUGAGUAUAUCUGAGCAAUUCAUUCUACAUCAUAACGAUCAAAUGAAAUAUUGGUUACUUGCUAGAGCAAGAUUAGCUCUAGUUGAAGGUCAAUAUAAAUUAUCUCGAUCAUUAAUUUCGAAAAUAUUUGAAUUUAAUAUAGAAGAUGAAUCCUUUUGGUUUGAUUGCCUAUCAAUAAGGAUUGAUACUUUAUGUUAUGAUCCUAAUCUAACAAUACAUAAUUUCAAUUUAUCCGAAAUAAAUGAUAAACAAGAUUUCAUGAAUUAUACUUCAUGUCCUUUACAUUAUGGAAUACAAACAGCUAUAAAAGAAAUUGACUUAGCAAUAAAUGAUUUACAGAAAAGAAAAGAAAAUUUUAAAUCUAGAAAUGGUUGGUUUAAUAAAUUACAAGGAAUACUUCUAUCAAAAAAAGCUCAAUUAAUUACUAGAAUUGAUGAGAUGAAUUAUCAUUAUUGUACAAUAUUCAAUUCAUCGGAUAAAUCGUUAACGUGUAAUUUACCAACACGUCCAAUAAAUUUACUGGUUAAUCCGAAUAGUGCCCCAAAGUUAUUUGAAGAAGUCAUUUGUCUUUUGACUUCAAAUAAACGAAAUGCUCUUAGAUUAGGCUGGAUGCCAUUACUAGCCUACUGGGUUAGAGGAUUCAAACAUGAAGUAAACUCACACAUCACAAAACUACGCAAAAAAUCAUGUCAUCCAUCUACUCUCUGUAAUUCAUUCGAAACUACUUUAACUAUUGCACGUCAGUGUUUAAACUUUGCUUAUGAAACUGUCAAAUUGGCUGAAUCUUUUAGUACCCUAGACGAACUGAAAGGAUGCAGUUUACCAGUUCAUAGAGAUUUAAUUGAAAUCAAAUUUAUGCUGAUAACUGUUUUACUUGAUAUGAUGAAAUUACAUGUAAUCUAUAUGAGAACAAAACUUCAAGAGAAUACUUUAAAAAAUCCAUUAUAUUGUGCUGUCGAAAAUUAUAUCAGUGAAAAUUCUUCAGAUAGUUUAAUAGAAUUGUCGAAUAAAUGUGGUCAGUCUAAACAACAAAUGUGGGAUCGUUCUAUUGUAUAUGCAUUCGAUGAAGUAUGCUCUUUAUUAUCGGAUAUAUUUAAUAUGAGUGAUAAACAACCUCAUCUACUUGCAAAGUGUUACUUUUACUUUGGUGAAUCAGUUUACUUAAAAGGUCAACUAAUAUUGCCGGAUCUUCAAGAUAACUGGAGUCCAGAGAGCAAUGAUAAUGAAGUAGUUAACUUUCAACCAAUCAUCCAAAAUAGUACAUUUAUUCAAGAGAUGACAAAACAAAAUUUGGAAGAUAUUACCUUACAUUCAGGUUUUCGUUGGAGAACUCAUACUGAUGUGCUCAAUGACAUAAAAACUUACAAUUCAGUGAUGGAUCUAUUCUCACAAGCUUCAUCAUUAUUUAUUAUAUGCUUGAAAAUCUGUCUUGCUCAAAAUUUCAUGGGUUUAGCACGUCAAGUUACUGAAUCUCUACUGAAUUUACUUGGCGGAUGUCAUGAGAGUGUUUCUACAUUAACACAAGAUUUACUAAUUGGAUACCAAAGUUGUUCAACAGCUGUUCGAUUGCGAACUCAUUUCUGGCUAACAAUAUUAGCAUAUGAUGCACGUAAAUGUUCUGGAGGUAGUCAGUGCAAUUUGAAUGUAGAAAAUGAAUAUUCUGAUAGAUCUAUAUUAAAUGCUUCAGAAGCACUUGUUCGUCAGUUAAUGUGGUCUUCUCCAUCUUGUACAUAUGACGAUGACAGUUUAUUCACUACAUUUGGAUUCUGCUCAACCAUGGAGCCUUCAUCUUAUCCUGAAGCAUUAGCUUGGAUAACAGGACUUAAAUCUAAUCUAAUUUCUAAUCGCCUACGUUCCGUCGGAGGUUUAUGUAAUGGAUCAGAAGAUCAUAGUAUAUCAGCUAGUCCAUGGAUACCAGUGAUUUUACGAACUUUAACGUCACAAUCACAAGCAUGGAGAGUAACUGAAGUGAAUUCUUCUAUAAUUUUUGAUUCUAGUAAAGUCCUUCAAUCAACUCUAAGUUCACUACCUGGAUCUAAUUUACAAAUAACUAAAACCUGGAAUCUUCUUAUUAUGGAACAUUCAAUUAACUCACACUUUUUAUAUGUUGCUAUACCUAAACCUAUGAACAGGGCUGUGUCGAAUCGAGAUCAUCGGAGCAGUAUACCAGCUAACAAAAGCACUUUUCAGUACACUUUCCUUAGAAUAGAAACUGAUCCAAUCUCAAAAUGUCAGUUGAUUUACUCAUGGAAAAAAUGUUUAAAUCAUUUGGAUGAACAAUUAAAAAAAGCUGCAAAUAUUAAAAGUAAUAACAGUAAUUUAUUUAAACAAAUAACAAAUCAAAUUUUAAAAAUAAAAAGUGAUUUGUUUCAAAACUCUAUUGAAGAUAUUCAAUUAUUCAAUUAUUUAAAUCCAAUAUUUGAAAUAUUAUUAAAAUAUUGGUUACCAGGACCAGAUUCAAAUAAUAAUCAAAAUAAACUUGAUGACAAAUUAAACAAUAAUAAUAAUAAUAAUAAUAAUAAUAAUAAUAAUAAUAAUAAUAAUGAUCCAAGUGGAAUCGUUUGCCAAAUCAAUAAACUAAAUCAAUUAUCUUAUCAAUUAGAACAAUAUUUAAAUAAUCAAUCAGAUCUUUCAAAAGAUGGUUUAUUAAUUAUUUCCGAUUUUUGGUUAAAUGAAUUACCAUUAGAAUUUUACAUUAUGAAUAUAUUAUUUAAUCAUAUAAGUAGUAAUAAUUAUAUAAUAAUUAGAAGGCAUAGUUCAAUAAUACAAAAAAAUUCAACGAAUACAAUAGUAACACCAAACUCUAUGAAACAAAAUAAUUCACCACUUUUAAAAAAAAGAAAUAAUACAAUGAUACCAUUUAGUUGGUUGACAAGAGAAUUUAGUGUACAAUUACUUUAUGCACGUUUAACAGGCCAUCAGAACACACACAAAACCGAUGACUUAUCGGAUAACACACAUGAACAAAGUGUACAACAUAAAACUUCAAAGAAACCAGAAACUACCCGUGGAAUUAGUCUCCAUCCUCUAUUACGUGAUGUUGGAUCAAAACAACCACCAUUACAGUCCUGCAAACAGCAAAAUACAGGAUGUUUACUAAUCGACACAACAUAUGUACGUUACUUGAUUGAUCCAUUUAUGGACACUGAUAUUAUUACUUCUAUUAACUCCAGUAAUGUUUCAGAACAAGCCGAUAAUAAUAACCGAAAUGAUUUCUCUCGUGAUACAAAUUUACAAAAUGACACAGUAGUCAUUAAUUAUUCAUUUAAAAAUCAUUUCCAAUUAUUGCUGAAAGAACCAAUAACACGUAGUCAGCAAUUCACUUCACGUUGGAUUGGAUUAGUAGGUGAUAGUGAACUUGGUAAAGUACCAUCAGAAGAAGAAUUAUUAGUAUUUUUAAAUGAAGGAGCCAGUGUAUUAAUCAGUUAUAUUACAGAAAAUUUCCUUUCUUAUUCGCCUCCAUCUACAUUUAUUAAUUUAUCAAUUCCUAAUUGUCAUUUAAUAUGUCUUCUGGAUAAAAUUUACACAAGAACUAGCCGCCUUAGACAAAUUAAACUUAAUGCUCACAAAACGAUAACGGAAUAUGAACUAGAACAACCACUGUCUACAGCUAUCAUUUCCUCAUUAGUUGGGUCACGUUCUACAAUCCUGCUCCAAUGGUCUACACGACUACAUUGGAAUCAGUUUAGAAUGGGAAAACUGAUAAAACAUUUAUUGGAUCACGUUUAUCCAAUUGGACAAUCAACUUUACUGACACAAUAUGAACUUUUCAAAAUGGAAUUAGAUAAUUAUUUGGAUUGUUUAAAACAAAUUAUUGAAGAUAAAAACAAUCAGCUGUUGGAACGAAAAUCAAUUACUGAAAUCGAUUAUCAAUUUGAUGGUCAAUAUAAACAUUUAGAAAUUCCAACAUUAGAACCAUUUAAUAUGGUUAUUUAUGGACUUCCAAAUAUUUCAUUCGCUUAGGGGAUUAUCUAUAUUUUCUUUUAAUGAAAUGAUCUUUAAAAUUGAACAGUAUUGAUAUUUAUUUUACAAUAUUUGAUAGAACUAAAUAAUAAAUAAAUGACGAAAUG